GACUGCAAAUAACUUCAAGGGCGCCACUAACUCAUUCAGCAGGAAGACCCAGAACUGCCAAAGCUUCAGGGAAGAUAAGGGAGUGGAAAGAAGGUGGUUUUUAUAGCGUGGCGAAGAGGGAAGGAUUUUGCGAGGAGGAGUGUGGGCUCCUCCCCUGCAGAGGAGCUGAAAAAGCCCGGUCUGGUCUUGGUCUCAUCCCCUCUCUGCACUAUAUUUGAUUAGGAAUUCGGGGGCGGGCCUUGGCCUGGCACUGAGGCGUACACUCUCAGUAGGCACUCUCUCUCUGUGUCUCUCACUCUCUCUCUGUCUCUCUCAUACGUCCUCCUACCCGAGGAGGCCAGACAGGGACGUGGUCACUCUCUGAAAGGUUCAACUUGAGGGUGACACACGGGAAAAUUCCCACUGCCUACAGGGGCUUGGCAGUAGAACUGCUCCACAGACAGAAUGCAGCGGCUGUCCCUCCUGCUGCUGGCAGGGCUUUGCUCCCUCUCCUGGGCCCAGUACGAUGACGACCCUCACUGGUGGUUCCAGUACCUCCGCAGCCAGCAGUCUACCUACUACGACCCCUAUGACCCUUACCCAUACCCAUAUGAGCCCUCGGAGCCUUACCCAUAUGGAGUAGAGGAAGGGCCAGCUUAUGCUUAUGGCUCCCUGCCCCCACCAGAGCCCCGUGACUGUCCCCAGGAGUGCGACUGUCCCCCCAACUUCCCCACGGCCAUGUACUGUGAUAACCGCAACCUCAAGUACCUGCCCUUCGUCCCCUCCCGCAUGAAGUACGUCUACUUCCAGAACAACCAGAUCACCUCCAUCCAGGAAGGCGUCUUCGACAAUGCCACAGGGCUGCUGUGGGUCGCGCUCCAUGGCAACCAGAUCACCAGUGACAAGGUGGGCAGGAAGGUGUUCUCGAAGCUGAGGCACCUGGAGAGGCUGUACUUGGAUCACAACAACCUGACUCGGAUGCCCGGCCCCCUGCCUCGCUCCCUGCGAGAGCUCCACCUCGACCACAACCAGAUCUCGAGGGUCCCCAACAAUGCUCUGGAAGGGCUAGAGAACCUCACAGCCUUGUACCUGCACCACAACGAGAUCCAAGAGGUGGGCAGCUCCAUGAGGGGCCUCCGCUCCCUGAUCUUGCUGGACCUGAGCUACAACCACCUCCGGAGGGUGCCUGACGGGCUGCCCGUGGCCCUUGAGCAGCUCUACCUAGAGCACAACAACGUCUACACCGUUCCCGACAGCUAUUUCCGGGGCUCACCCAAGCUGCUGUAUGUGCGGCUGUCGCACAACAGUCUCACCAACAAUGGUCUGGCCACCAACAGCUUCAAUGCCAGUAGCCUUCUGGAGCUCGAUCUGUCCUACAACCAGCUGCAGAAGAUCCCCCCUGUCAACACCAACCUGGAGAACCUCUACCUCCAAGGCAAUAGGAUUAACGAGUUCUCCAUCAGCAGCUUCUGCACCGUGGUGGACGUCAUGAACUUCUCCAAGCUGCAGGUGCUGCGCCUGGACGGGAAUGAGAUCCAGCGCAGCGCGAUGCCUGUCGAUGCCCCCCUCUGCCUGCGCCUCGCCAGCCUCAUUGAGAUCUGAGCGGCCCUCACAGCGGGCCCCUGCCAUCCCCUGCAUUUGGCUUGAUGGUUUGGUUUGGCUUUUGUUGGAAGGUCUGGGACAACCAAGUCCAUGGGCUCCUCUCUUCCCAUAGGUGGGGUGAGGUGGCAACAGGGCUCUGUGGCCUUCUACCUAGGAAUGAGGCAGACGCUCUCUGUUCCCCAGAGGACAUAAGUAGCGGCAGAGGAGUCCUCCCUGGAAGCCCUGAUCCCAGAAAUCUCACUACUUUCUGCUCUCCCUGAUGGUCCGGCGUCAGGGAGCUCUCAGCAUUCCCUGGGCAGCAGCACCUAACCACCCUUUCAAGCAAUCUCUGGUUCUCUGCAUGUGCUGGGCUGACCGUGCAGCGAGCUCCCCUUCCUUGCUCCUUAGAGUAUACCCCUUGCUGAGCCACCUCCUUCUCAGUCUGCCUCGUCCACCCGCCCUUCUGCGGGGACGCCCCUUCUGUGCCUUCAGCAGAGUCAGGAGGCCCCACUCGCAGCCCCCCACCCCCGUGGAGAGAACUCACACUUUUGUCUGAGACUAAGAAGAUAUUGAGAGUCUCCAUUCCACCCCCCUAAACCUCACCUUUUGAAAGCCACCACAUUGGAAAUCAUGACAAUAUUAAUGGCCAGGCUUAGCUAAAUUUGGGGGACUAGAUAUUAGCUGGGGAGCUCCUGAAAGAUGGAUCAGAUUUCAAAGGGAGAAAAGACAGACUUAAAGAUCACCAGCACCCCCAGUGGCUGUCAGAGCACUUCAAGUUAGCUAAACUGGAGGGACAGGCUGAGUAGUUUCCUUCUUGCCCAACGCUCUGCAUCCCCAACCUGGGUCUUUCUCCUCGAUGGUGGAGGCCAUGUGUACUCCAAAACCUGAGAGAGCUAGUUUGCCCUCUUUUUUUUUUUUUUUUUUUUUUUUGCCCCAAGAGAGUUUUAUGUACCAAUGGUAAGGACAGAUUCCAACCAGCCCAGGACCCAGGAGAGCUCAAAGGAAGAGGAUGUGACUGAUCUGUAUUAACGGGAUUGUCCUGAGACCGGCUCCAGGGUCUCUGCUGAAGACACUCCCUGAGGUCUGAAAAGCCCAGGCCAGGCAGCCAGAUCUCACCACCCUGCUUUUGUAUCUCUGAGCUAUGCUCUAUUUUUGAAGAUGCCUUUGCUUUAUCGCUUGGCUGGAGAGCAGUGAACUCUUCCAGCUUCUGUAAGGCAGUGCUGUCCGCUCACCCCUUUGGGGACAAAGGGAUGAGCCAUCGGCCUGGGAGCCAGAGGGGAAGACCAGCUGAGGGGUCAGCCGCACCACAUCUGUGCCGAAGCCCAUGACAUCCUGAUCCUGUGUCUGCUUGGGAGCGGCUUCCUGUAAAGGGAAGGGGGGAACCCUCGGGCUGUUCUUGGCUCCAGACCCUGCAAUCUACAAAAGCCAAACCAGCUCAUUUCAACAGGGAGCUCUGACUGGAGGGGUGAGGCUGCCCCCGGCCCCUGCCCUGGGCUCCUCAGACAGCAUCUGCCUGUGGACACCAUCGUGCCUCUACACAGGAUGUUAUGGGAGAAGCAUGCGUGGUAGCCAGCCUGACCAAUAAAGUAUUGUACACCUGCA